AUGGAAGUAGAAGUCACCUACGAGGAUUUUUUAAAAUAUUACCCCUCUCUUAAAACUGAUUUUACAAAACUAUUACCUAAAAAUUCAUUACCAGAAUUAAAAUAUACAUAUAGACCACCAUUCUUAAUUCUUCAUGAUGAUAUUGUAGAUUCUAGUCUCAUAUACACAAACACCCUUAUAGAUAUGUAUGAAAUGCUAUAAAAUGAAGACCCAAAAUUUAGAAACAGUUCUUUUUAUCAGAUGCAAACAUCUUUUUAUGUGACCAAAUUUGAAGAAAACUAUAUUGAAAUGAAAGAUGGAAGUGAUAGAGGCUUCAUAUUUCUUGGACCUUUUGAGCCUAAAAAAAUUAUACCUUCAUGUGCUAUAGGAGAUUUUAAUAAAAAAAAAUUAUUAUAUGGAAAAUAUUUGCUAGCUUUGAGGGAAGAAAUUAAAGAUUUUUAGUAAAAGUAAAAUAAAUGA